AUGAUCGGCAUGAAAUUGGAACGGGAUGAGAUAUUGAGCACGAGCCCAUUGUUUUUCGUACUGUCGACCCUUUGGGUAUGUGAACAUAACCAAGUGUGCGACAAGUUGUCAUGGAAGUCAAAGUUGUGGACGGACGAAAAACUGUACACCACGGCUAGAAAGAUUGUAACCGGUCAAAUGAUGACCAUCAUGAUGAACGAAAUCCUAAAUGUGGAACUCAGACCGGAAGUGUACCACCAUCGAAUGGAAAACAUCUGUGGUUCCAACACGCCAGUUGAACUGUAUAUUUUGACGAUGGCUAUAUGUCUGUAUCAAGUAAUAAAAGAAAAUAUUGCAGAAGUAUUGCAGGUCAUAUCAAACCACGAUUUUCAAAAUUAUUAUAAUUAUAGAAGUUGA